GCCCGCGCCGGUCGCGUUGGUUUGAAAGCCAGCGCGGGCGUAGCGCUCCGCUGUGACGGCGGAGGAAGCUGCGAGCGAGCAGAUCCUGAAACGCUGCUGUGUCCGGGGCGGGGAUGCUUUGUCGCGUAUCCCGUCCGGUGACGGGCCCGAGCGUUUGGUGGGGAGUUGUGGAAGUGUGCGUUUUUAUUUCUUUUUGGACCUUCGUGGGUAGUUGAAAUUUCUUGCCAGUCGUUUAACGUUCUAUUCGGAGUGAUGUAUUUCUUUUGGCGGAUACGAACGGUUACUGAAGAAAUGUUUCUUUAUAGAUAGAUAUUGUUUUGUUCUCCCAAGACCUUGGCGGUGAAAGGGUUGUCUAAAGUUACAUCUCAGCAUUUACAAUUUUGAAAGUAGAUAUUCUCCACUGUUCUUUCCUGUUCAUAAUACCUCAUUUGAUGCCUUUAAACAUUUAUGGAGCACCUGCCAUCUGUAGUGCAUGACGUUGUUUCUAAGAGAAAUGAACAGAAAUAAAGCAUUCUGAGGAAGCCAUGGCAAAAUUAAAUACAAAACACAGAGUUUGUUCUCAGGAAUCUUCAGUAUCAUCUCUGCUGGCCAGCUGCAGCCUGAGUCGUAGUAAUUCCUCUGACCCUGAUGGCUCUUUUCAGUAUAAGGAUAAACUGUACAGUUCUGCAUCUCAGGCUCUACAGGCCUAUAUAGAAGAUUUUGAUCUAAGCCAAAUGUAUCCUGGUGCAAGCACUGGAAAGAUUAACAUUGAAAAAUGUUAUACUAAUAUGCCAGAAUUCACCAAGUAUAAUUAUAAACCAAACAAUGCUUUUGAAAAUUUUGAUCACCAAAAAAGCUCCUUGUCCUUACCUUAUAGAAGACAGACUAUUAAUGACAUAGACUCCAUUAGCCUAACAACUGAUGAUCUCUUAAAACUUCCGGCAGAUGGAUCAUUUUCUUUUGCUUAUAUUGGACCAGGUCACCGAAUUGGCAAGAAGAACAAGAAAUGCAUUGGAAAGCUGAGUUCAUCGGACACUGAAAAGAGACACAAUUUUCAAGAACCCUCUGCCAUGGGCAGGAAUAACUUAGUUACUCCUGUUGUAUACACAAAUAUAAAUGGAAAGCAAUGUGGUAGGCUAAAAAACCCAAAACUUGUGAAUAAGACUAAUAAAUGCAUUUCUGAACCACCUUUAUCUUUUCCCAAGAAAUCAUCUUUUAAACACAGUUCAGAGAACAGUCUUGAAAAGAAUUAUCCAAGAUGGCUCACUGGCCAGAAAUCUGAUCUUAAUGUUUCAGGAAUAACUAGUAUACCUGAUUUCAAAUACCCAGUCUGGCUUCACAAUCAAGACUUGCUAUCUGACACAAAUAGUCCAAGGAUUUAUAAAAUAUUUAAAGAAGAUCAGUGUUCCACUAGACAUAGUUAUCAGGCACAAAGAACUUCUCGGCUUAUGAGUAAAUUAGAUUGUUUUGAUUAUUCUUUUGAACCCUCAAACAUUUCAAAUUUUUUGAGUGGUGAUAAAGGAUUAGUUAAUGAAUAUAAAUAUGAUUCUGCACAUAGCCAGUGUCAAUGUGAGAAUCCACUUCUCCCAGGACAAUCCAAAAAGCCAUUCAGUGGUGACAAAAUUGAAUUGCUUAUCCUGAAGGCCAAGAAAAAUCUAGAGCAUUGUACUGAAGAAUUACCAAAGUCUAUGAAACAGGAUGACAGCCCUUGUUCAUUAGAUAAACUUGAAGCAGAAAGAUCAUGGGAAAAUAUUCCUGUUACUUUCAAAUCUCCUGUUCCUGUUAACUCUGGUGAUAGUCUUCAACAAGCUUCAAUGGCAAAGUGUGCGAAAGGGUACCUCGAAGACUUUUUAAAUAAUGAUAAGCAGAGCUGUACCCUUUCUGGAGGGAAACAUUAUGGCCCCGUUGAAGCCUUGAAGCAAAUGUUAUUUAAUCUUCAAGCAGUACAAGAAAGUUUUAAUCAGAAUAAAACCACAGAGCCAACAGGAGAAAUUAAGCAAGUUUCAGAAGACGAUUUCUCUAAAUUACAAUUGAGGGAAAGCAUGGUUCCUAUUACUAGGUCACUUCAAAAGGCUUUGCACCACUUAUCUCGCCUGAGAGACCUGGUUGAUGAUACCAGUGGGAAACAGUCACCGAAAAUGUGAAGAGGAAAAUAAAAGUCUAACCAAUGAAUAGUCACCGCAGAACAAAAAUGUAUUUUUUUCCUAUUGCUUAAACCGACAAAGUAAUUAUAAGCCAUAUAUUAUUCUGAUUGGUUCAAUAUUAUAUAUUUAAAAUACAAACAAACUUGAAAAUAUCCAUAGGUUUUGUGACUUAUCCUCAUUUUGUGCCAAAAUACUAGAAUGUGAACUGGAAGGACCUGCACUGUGUCUGUCCUACAGUCUGACUUUGGUCUUCAGGCCAGCAGAUGUCUAAUGUUCAAAGAUGGAUGAUUUCUGUUCUUGAAGCUCACACAGACUUAACCUUCUUCAGCAUCCUCGCUGUUUUAUCAUCUGGUUCCAGACCAUCAAAAAACUCUUCCUGGUUUCUAUCCAAAAUCUCUUAAGUGAGAUGGACUUUUUGAUACAUUUGAAUCCACUUUUAAGGAACUUAAAGAAAUAUCAUAUUUGUUACGGUGUAUCUUGUCCAUAUAAAAGUAUGUACUUUUAAGUUUCGUAAAUCAAGUAUUUAGUAUCUGUUGUAUUUGUGGAUAACAAUUUAAUAAUGGGGGUGGUUCAGGAAUAUUAUGUUGUUAAUCCAAGAGAACCUCAUUUAAUUAUGCUUUGAUUUUGAAUCUCUAACAUAAUUUUGAUAACACUCGACAGUUUACAAAAUGUUUUUGAGAGGGAUAUUUAGAAUUUAAUAUUUUGACAUUAGAUUAUUUCUCAGAUUUUAGUUUUGGGGUUAGCUCAAACUAGUAAAAACUAUGACCACUUGCUUUAUGAAGUUUUAUAACUAAAAGAAAAUGAAUAUGGGAAAUCAGAAAACACAAUUUCGAAGCUAUUUUUUGAGAGGUGAACUUUCUUUAAAGCCAUCUUUAGUCUUUAAAAUUUGUCUCUACCAGGAAGUGAACAGAGCUCUAUAAUUCUACAGUUUCUACCAAGUGAACUUCUAAUAAGCAGGAAGCAUCUUUACAAGCAAAAUUAAGAAAUUAUAAAAUGUGACUAAUGAAGCAUAUUAAAAAGUCUGAUAAAAUUAAAGAAUGUCUGUGUAUACAAAUGCUACAAAUUAACUUUACCCAAAUGGCAGCAUCUUUGCUGAGUAGUUUUAUUGUCAAAUAGGAAUUUCUAAGUACAUUGAGUCAAAAAAUUUGCUUUCUGCCCCGCUCCAAAUUUAAAGCACUAUAUAAGGCCUUUGUUACAGAAUGUAUGUGUGAACCCUGUCUUUUUUUUUUUUUUUUUUUGGACAGUGAGAGUCAUCAUACUGUUCUUUUUGCCCAGUUUGAGAGUCACCUGACAAUAAGUUUGAUUUAUUUGCUCUGUGGAGGUAUUUCUGCCCAGGACAUUCUAUUUUCUGGUUAUAGUCUUCUCCACAGUUAAUAGUUUGCAUACAAUCAGACAAGACAUUACUUUGAUAAUUAAAAUAUGGCUAGCUGUUAAAAAUGCAGAUUUUUAAGUGGAUGAACAUCAGGUGGAUCUGAGUUGAUCAUGCUACAGGCUUAGUGAAGUCCACUGUUAGACAAACUCUAAAGACAGAGAAGAUAAAGACAUCAGGUAAUAAAUUUCUAGUUAUAUAUUAUAUGAUGACCAGACAUAAUAUGUAAUAUGUGUAGAAAGCAUCUCCAAAGAGAUUAUUCCAUAUGGCUCUGAAGAGCACUGAUUUGAUUAGUGCUCUGAUUUGUAAGAACGUAUCUUCAAUACUAAAUAGGAUAAGCUUGUUCUAAAAUUUUGUUAUAACUAAUAUUUUAAGAAACUUGAUUAUUUUUACCAAAGGAGUAUUUUCCUUCUGUUAAAUAUGGAAGUUUAAUUUGUAACCUAAAAAGUAAAUAAAUUUUACAAAUGAUUAA